CCACUUUAACUUUAUUUGGAACUUAUUUCAAGUGUGUUUGCAAGUCAACAGCGCAAACGACUUUAUUAGUUGUUGGUAGAAAGUUAAGGUGUGUCGUGUUGUGAGCGUGUGCCGGAGCAAUUGUAGUUAAAGAAGUUUUGCAGGUGUCGGUAGCGUCUAAGUUUUAUUAUAUUAUUAAUAAAAAAUAACUUAAAUUAAAAUACAUAAUACAUGAAUUAUUGAAAAGAAGUAAAAAAGAAUUUAUAAUUAAUAAAAAUAUUGUAAUUAUACGAGAAGAAAACUAUAUUUUUACGAUUUUAAGUACGCGCAACAAGCAAGCAAUUUUGUGCUUAGCAAAUAUAUAAGAUACACUUCAGUUGUGAAACUGUACUGAACGUGUAGUGAUUGCUCUUCGUUAAGUUCAGCAUUAGGUGCACUUCAUCCAAACGCCAACAACACUAAUAACAACAACACAAACAACAGUAGCGAACAUGUCAUACGAAGCUGAGAAGACGCUUUCGUUAUUUUAUCCUUUCAUAAUUAUCACAUCGGCCAUUUGUUGCAUUACUUCAGGAGUUGCCUGGGCGCACUGGCGUUACGUGCUUAAUGCCUGUCCGGAAACCAAUUGCGGCUGCUAUUUGUUUGCACGCUCAACAUACUCCAGCUUUGAGGGUGGCCAUAUCGCCUAUUGUCAUUUUGCCACAUUUGGUCUGCUGUUGCCACUAAUAUUUGCUAUCAUCCUGGGUAUUUAUCACGUUUAUCGUGUUUGUAUGGGCACUGCAAAACGCAAAUCAGGAACCACAACAAUACGUCAAAGAUCUGGUGACAUGAUUGUUGUAACCACUGAAUCUGAGUUAACUGACAGUAGUAUAUCACCGUACUAUUGGACACCAGCUGCUAUAAUUUCCUGCGUAAUGGCAUUGUACACAUUAAUUUAUGCCUCAAUAUUUACCGAUGGGUUUGAAGUCACUUGCAAACAGUACCGAGAAGGACUGCUCAAGGAGAUACAAGGUGUUGGCAAUAUUGUGCCAGUCAUAAAAGGACGUUUAUCUUGCGCAGCCAUAUUUGAUUUUAUGGACUAUCUUGUGGAGAGCAUGUCCUAUGAACGUCGCAAAUAUGGACGCAUCAAUAGUGCCAUUUGUUUUCAUUUAACAUUGAUUUGUGCCUGGUUAGCUUGUCUAUCCUGGAUUGUAAUUACAGUAGUGAAUAUCGUACAGACAAGGCGUACGCGUGCCGCAAGGGUUUGAAACAAAUGGAAAAUAUUUAAAAUUGGUUAUUCCUGCUUGCUUUGCCAUGUACACUUAGCAUAUAGUAAAAAGUAUAUACGUAUGUAUACAUAUAUUUUAACUAAAAGUUUUAUAAAUGCUCGUACAUACUGUAUUUUAAAUAUAUAAAUUUAAUUAAUUUUUUGCAUGAACAUUAGUUUUUAGAAUUUGACUUCAUUCCACGUACAAAUUUAUUAUAUACGUUUUUUUUUAUUUAUGUAUGUAUAAGAUAUAUGCUUGCAUAUCUUUUGAUGUAAUUACAACGAAAUAUUAUGUAUAAGAUAAUAUAUAUAUAUAUAAAAUUAUUUUUUUUCAAAAUAUAUUUUUUUAAUAUAAUAAUAAUAAUAAAUGUAUCUUUUA